CGACAACCGAGACCACGAGAGCACAAGGAGAGGAAGAGAUGAUGUUAGUGUGAUCAUGACCAGCGGUUUUGUGACGACGGCAUUUGUCUUGGCCGUGCUAGUCCUCUCGCGUGAUGCCUCUGCGCACGUCCCGCACAUCCGGACGGCGGCGGCGAGAGAUGCGGCGGAAGGCACCUCAUGCGGCAACAACACCUCCUGCGGCUUCAUGGCCGAGGCGCGCACACACACGGAGGAACAGGGGUUGACCGCCGAGCAGCUCGUUGCCCCAGACACGGUGGCUGAGCAGAGGAGGUUGGGGAGGCACGAGAGGGGAUCUCACGGACAAGUCUUCGGGUUUGUGCUCUUCUACGGGUACGCAGGGGGAGGAAAGGAAUCUCAAGCCAACUGUGUCACUUGCUCGCUCUAUCUGUGUGUGCGCGCUGCGCUGCAGGUUGUUUUUGCCCUUCCUAGUCUACGUCUUCUGGCGAAGUCGGAGAUGCGCUCAACGAGGCCGCAGCGACGAUGCCAAUCAUCCCAUGCCCCUGUCACGCGUCUACCGCCGAUACGCGCAGGCACAGCAGCGAGGGGCUCUGGCAUACGGCCUGAGCCGGCUAGGCCCCAGCGGCCGCUCAAUCUCCCGAAGACCGAGGGGCAACAACAAUGGCGGAGGCGAUGUGGCGCCGACGUACGCCAUCUUUGUGUCGCCGUGUGUGUUGCCGUACGUGGCGAGCGAUGGCGACAGCGUGUGGGAGGGCGAUCUGGUCGAUCUGCCGGAAGAGGGCGAGAUCCACAAAAUGAGCGGUGAGGAAGGGAGGGCGGGCGGGGUGACUGACGUGGUUGUGCCUGGUUUGUUGUGCAUGUGGCUUGGUGAACUCGAUCAUGUCAUGCAGGUUUGGCUGAUUUUGUGGAGUGUCGCGUGGCGUCUUUCCCCGACACCAUCCCCAUCGAACGGAUCAACAGCACCUACUUCAAGUUCGUCGACCCCGUUGCAGCAGCAAAGGCCGAUGCCGGCCAGGAGAUCACCCCCACCGCCCCCACCGCCCCCUCUCUCACCGACACCCCCGUCCAGAUCCCCACACCCGUCAACACACCCAUCGGCGAGCCAGCCGCCCCCGCCCCCGCCCUCCCCGCGAUACGCGUCGGCGACUCCCCCCAGGAGCUCACCCCCCUCCCAGUCUUACCGGCGAGUCAGCUGUUCGCUCCACCGAUAUCCGCCUCACCGUUUGGCUCCCCCAGCCACUCGCCCUCCCGCAAAGCCACAUGCGGCGUGUGUUUCGCCAACACGCCCACGGCUUUGUUCGGUCCGUGUGGGCAUGGCGGGUGCUGUGUGGAGUGUGCAGCGAUCAUCCUGGUGCUGCCGUUCACGAAAGGCCGGCGACGGUUUGAGCCGCCGUGCUGCCCCGUGUGCCGGACGCACAUCGACCAGCUGCUGGUGAUUGAAGAGCCGGAGCCGCCUGGGAGUGGUUGGCAGGAGGGGCAGGGGGAGGGUGAGGCAGAGGGGGAGGGAGCGAGGGAGGCUGGUGGCGGUAAGAUGGCUGCUCAGGUGGUCAUGGAAGUGAGAUCUGUCCAGAAGGAGUGACGGACGGAUGUGUAUGUGCCGAUGGAUGGAUGGAUGCUGUAGGAUAUCAUCCAUGGCAUGGGAUAUAUACAAGGGUGGGAUAUAGGGCUGGAUGGGUGUGUGUUUUAUUGAUUGAUUGAUUGAUUGGUGUAUGUAUCCUUGGGCAUGUACAUGCGUGCAGUGCAUACCUCGUACAUGUGUGUGUGUGUGGAGUUGAUGGCGUGUAUUUGUCGUGCCUGCAUGUGUUCCCUCUCUCUCUGUCUCUCUGCGUGUGCGUGUUUUGUGUUUGUCUUUGUGUUGUGUCUGUGUGUGUGCGCGGCCCGCAUGGCGACAAGGCGGGCGCCCGGGCGCUUUUUCCUGUCUCUCUCUGUCUCUCUGUCUGUCUGUGUGUUGGUGUUGCUUUGGUGAUGGCACGCGUGGCCCACACGACCCUUGGUCAAUCCCUCGGCUGCUGCAGCGGAAGCGUGUAAAGACCGAGUGCGGCG